UGACAGAGUAACAAAUGAAAAGUAACCCGACUCCACUGAUCCUCCUAAUUCUGCCUGGGAAGGAUGGAAAGGAGCAGCCGCUUGCUUUGAAACAGUGGAAAGCCUGAGAAAAUGGAAUGUAACUUACCUAACCAAAGACAGCGGGCUUUAUCGACAUCUGGAGAAGCUCUAUAUGAAAUUCUUGGUCUGCAUAAGGGAGCAUCAAAUGAAGAAAUUAAGAAAACCUACAGAAAAUUGGCCUUGAAAUACCAUCCAGACAAGAAUCCAGAUGAUCCAGCUGCUACAGAAAAGUUCAAAGAGAUCAACAACGCCCACACAAUACUUACUGAUGUGUCAAAGAGAAACAUAUAUGACAAAUAUGGAUCACUGGGGCUCUAUGUGGCAGAGCAAUUUGGAGACGAAAAUGUUAAUACUUACUUCAUGUUGUCAAGCUGGUGGGCAAAGACCCUGUUUGUCAUCAUUGGUCUCUUGACGGGCUGCUAUUUUUGCUGUUGCCUGUGCUGCUGUUGCAACUGCUGCUGUGGACACUGCCGACCCAAGUCAUCGAUGCCUGAAGAGGGCUUCUAUGUGUCCCCAGAGGAUCUUGAGGAGCAGAUCAGGACUGACAUGGAGAAAGAUAUGGACUUUCCAGUUGUUCUCCAGCCUACAAAUGCAAAUGAGAAAACACAGCUUAUCAGAGAAGGACCUCGAAGUUAUUGCACAGACUCUUGAUACUGAGCCACUGAAGAUCCAUAGUACCUCCUCCUGGUUCAGCCAUUUCUCCAGACUGUCAAGAGAGAAAUGGCAGCGGUUAUCCAGUGAGACUCCUGGGCUGCAUUCGGCCCCCUCCUGGAGAGAUCCGUCAACAGGUUGGCACUGAGCGCUCCCAGAGGCCGUGGC